AUGAUCUUAGCUUCAGCAUUGCAUUAUCUUCACGACCACUGCGAAACAGAGAUUGUUCAUUGUGAUCUAAAACCAAGUAACAUUCUUCUUGACAAUGAUCUUGUUGCCCAUGUGGGUGAUUUUGGAUUGGCAAGGCUUCUCCCGAAACCCGUCAACACUUCUUCCGAGCAAAGAACCAGCAGUACCAUUGCCAUAAAAGGCUCAAUCGGUUACGCAGUUCCAGAGUAUGGAAUGGGUCUUGCGGCAUCAACUCAAGGGGAUGUCUACAGCUACUGCAUUCUUUUGCUAGAGAUGAUUACAGGGAGGAGGCCAACAGAUGAUAUGUUCGUGGGUGAUCUUGAUCUACAUAACUAUGUUAAUAGGGCUUUGCAUGAAUGA